AUGAUGUGUAGGUAUUUAUAUGUUGUAUAUAAUACCACGGAGCGCGUAGUAAAGUAUUAUUAUUACUACAACAGCGCAGCGUGUUGCGGUCAGUCAACCUACUUUUCAGAAGCCUAUCAGCAAUCAGCAAUGGCACCUUCAAACCUUUCCCUGAACGAAGUGGUGAUCGUGUCCGCCGUGAGGACUCCCAUCGGCUCCUUUAGAGGAAGCCUGGCGAACGUCACAGCUACAGAGCUGGGUGCUAUUGUCGUCAGAGCUGCCGUUGAGAGAGCCGGCAUUCCUAGCAGCGAAGUUAAAGAGGUGUUCAUGGGAAAUGUGUGCUCAGCUGGUCUUGGCCAGAAUCCCGCGAGACAGGCAGCUAUUUUCGGUGGUCUUGAAAAAAGCACUAUUUGCACAACUGUCAACAAAGUAUGUGCGUCUGGUCUUAAGGCUGUUACACUGGCCGUACAAGGCUUGCAAACUGGAGCAAAUGACGUCAUACUUGCCGGAGGAAUGGAAUCUAUGUCAAACAUCCCCUUCUACAUAAGACGAGGCGAAAUCCCAUACGGAGGCACUCAACUACUUGAUGGCAUUUUGUACGAUGGUCUCACCGAUGUUUACGAUCAAAUCCACAUGGGUGACUGUGCUGAAAACACAGCUAAGAACUUGAACCUAUCAAGGAAACAGCAGGACGACUAUGCUAUCAUUAGCUAUAAGAGGAGUGCCGCAGCACACGCAGCUAAGGCUUUUGAUGCUGAAGUUAUACCUGUCCCAGUACCACAGAAGAAGGGUGGCGCUCCAGUUAUUUUCGCAGAAGACGAGGAGUACAAGAGGGUGGACUUUGACAAACUGGUUAAGUUGCCUACUGUAUUCAAGAAAGAGAACGGUACAGUAACCGCUGGUAAUGCCUCAGCAUUGAACGAUGGUGCUGCAGCAGUAGUGAUGAUGACCGCUGAAGCCGCUAAGAGGUUAAACGUUAAGCCUCUUGCCCGCGUCAUUGGAUACGCUGACGGAGAACGUGAACCAAUUGACUUCCCGAUUGCACCAUCUGUUGCCAUUCCUAAGCUCCUAGAGAAAACUGGCGUCAAGAAGGAGAACGUGGCUAUGUUUGAAAUUAAUGAGGCAUUCAGUGUUGUUACUCUUGGUAACCAGAAGUUGUUGGACAUUGACCUUGAGAAGAUUAAUGUUCACGGAGGAGCUGUGAGCUUGGGACAUCCCAUUGGUAUGUCUGGUACCAGAAUUGUUGGUCACUUAUGCCAUUCCUUGAAGAAGGGCGAGAUUGGUGUAGCUACUGCUUGCAACGGUGGAGGUGGUGCCUCAGCUAUCAUGAUCGAGAAAUUGUAA